AAAUAGAGCCGCCAAAGUUGUAACCGCGUCCACUAACCUUUUUUUCUCUUCUCCCAAUAGGGUUUUUGACUCCAUUUACACAUUUUCAUUUCAAGAAAUAGCCACAAAAAAUCUUUUUUUGUUUUUUUGAAUCAGGAUUGCUUGAUUGCUCGGUUCUCCGAAUAUAGCAGGGGGAGCUAAUUAGCUAAGUUAAUUGGCUCUCUCUGCUUUUUCGCAAAACCUGAAUCACUCCAUUCGUCGAAAGAACAUCUUUUUUGGAGACUACUUACCUAAUUCGUAAUGGCAACAUUGUCACAUUUUUGUGGGGUUAAAACUCCCUACCCUUCUUUAUUCAAAAGAAGCGUGCAAUUCCCACAGCUCGAUUUUGUGGCUGUUGUUCCCUUUGCUUCUUCACCGACUAAAUCUGUGAAGGCUUCUUGUUGUGAAAGAGUGCAGAGAGUUAUAUGUAAAGCACAAGGAGCCGAUAAAGUUGAUCCUAUAGAGACCAAGAAUGAAUCUUUUGGUGAGGAUCCCAGCGAAUUGACAUGUGUGAUGAAGUUUGGCGGUUCAUCAGUAGCCUCAGCGGAAAGAAUGAGAGAAGUAGCUGAUCUAAUUCUUAGCUUUCCGGAAGAGAGACCUGUUAUUGUUCUCUCUGCAAUGGGAAAAACAACAAACAACCUUUUACUGGCUGGUGAGAAGGCUGUCAGUUGUGGGGUUUCCAAUGUUUCUGAACUGCAAGAGUUGGCUUGUAUAAAGGAGCUCCAUCUUAGGACAAUAGAAGAACUUGGAGUAGAUAGUUCUACCAUUUCAAAGCAUCUACUCGAACUGGAACAACUUUUGAAUGGAGUUGCUAUGAUGAAAGAGUUGACUCCACGAACAAAGGACUACUUGGUCUCCUUUGGAGAGUGCAUGUCCACAAGACUAUUUACAGCAUAUCUGAAUAAACUCGGUGUCAAAGCCCGCCAAUAUGAUGCAUUUGAGAUGGGUAUUAUAACAACUGAUGAUUUUACUAAUGCGGAUAUAUUGGAAGCAACUUAUCCUGCUGUCGCAAAGAGAUUAACUGGUGAUUGGACGAGUGAUCCUGCAAUCCCUAUUGUCACUGGGUUUCUGGGAAAGGGCUGGAGGACUUGUGCUGUGACUACACUAGGUAGGGGUGGUAGUGACUUGACUGCUACAACAAUUGGUAAAGCAUUAGGAUUACGUGAAAUUCAGGUUUGGAAGGAUGUUGAUGGUGUUUUGACAUGUGAUCCGAACAUAUAUCCACGUGCAAAGUGUGUGCCAUAUCUAACUUUUGAUGAGGCAGCUGAACUUGCAUACUUCGGCGCACAGGUUCUUCAUCCACAGUCCAUGAGACCUGCAAGAGAGGGUGAUAUUCCUGUUAGGGUUAAAAACUCAUAUAAUCCUAAGGCACCUGGUACUCUCAUCGUCAAAACAAGAGAUAUGAGUAAGGCGUUACUUACAAGUAUUGUUCUGAAACGAAAUGUAACCAUGUUGGAUAUCGCGAGUACCCGUAUGCUUGGUCAAUUUGGUUUCCUUGCAAAGUACUUUCGUGUUCAGGUUUUCUCCAUCUUUGAAGAUUUAGGGAUAUCUGUCGAUGUCGUUGCAACAAGUGAAGUUAGUAUUUCCUUGACAUUGGACCCAUCAAAACUUUGGAGUAGAGAACUAAUUCAGCAGGCAAGCGAGCUUGAUCACGUUGUAGAAGAACUUGAGAAAGUUGCAGUUGUGAAUCUACUUCAAAACAGAUCAAUCAUCUCUCUGAUUGGGAACGUCCAGUGGUCCUCCUUGAUUCUGGAAAAGGCUUUCCACGUUCUGCAUACAAAUGGGGUCAAUGUUCAAAUGAUCUCUCAAGGUGCAUCCAAGGUUAAUAUCUCAUUGAUUGUAAAUGACAAUGAAGCGGAACGAUGUGUAAGGGCUCUCCACAAAACCUUCUUUGAGAGUGAUCUUUCUGAUCUGGUCUGGGAAAAUCGAUCAGUAAACGGCUAUGUUUCUACUCCCUUGUCCACAUUGGCCAAUUGAUUUCCUCCAGUUUCUCCUUAGUAUUAUUGUUUUUUCCAAUAAUUUCAUAGAGGAAAUUAACGAAAUUUUAGUAGUAGGAGUUGUGCUUUUGCGGCGUGUGGUGCGUCUUUGUCCUUGUAACUCUAUUAUUUGUAGCAAGUAGUCACAUUCUAUGAUCUAAAUUAGCUUUAUUAUUAUAUCUUAAUGGAGCAAAUUGGCUUACAAUGCAA